CAGAGACGUGGUCACACCUGCUUUGAGAUCAAUUUCCACACCUCUGACUGAAUCACAACAUCCACAAUGGCAAAGACCGGCAUCUUGAAAAAAACUAUGAAGCAGACGGAGCCCCUGGAAGAUCUCUCAGCAACCAACAAGAGUCUCCGUCUCCAGGUAGAGGAAUUGAGAGGGACCUUAGCCUGCUUGGACACUGAGAAUCAGAUGUUUCUGAAAGACAAGGAAUGCAUCAAAGGGCAGCAGAAGGCUCUCCGGGACACAGUGGAUUACCUUAAAUCCACAAUAGAACACCUGCAUAAAACUGUGGAGGACAUCAGGGAAAAGUUGGACCAUGCCAACACGGUCAUCCAAGAAUUAGCACUGCAGAACAAGUCUUUGGUGAAAGCCAACGAAGACCUCAACAAGGAAAUGCAUGAGGUCACCAGCCAAGUGGCCAUCUUCAAAGACGAUAAGCCUGCCCAAGAGGAUAACCUCGAAGAAAUGCGGAACCUUCCGUCAGAGGUUCAAAAGUACCUGCGUAAUCUGGAGGACAAACUGGCUGUGAUGGAGCAUAGCUUCCAUGUGGAGAAAAUCCAUUCUAGCCAACUGAAGGAGAAAGUUAUGGAUCUUCAGAAAGUCAGAGAAAACAGGAGGAAGUACAUCCAAGAUCUGCAAAACCAACAGGAUCUCUGCGUGCAGCAGGCCACAUUAGUGCGGCUGGACCAGGAGAACCAGAUGCCAGCGGGCGUCCUGACGCAUGAACUAGUAGAGGCCAGGCUGGUGGGGGUGACCCAGGACUGGUCAAAGGAAAGGAAGAUUCUGCAUUGGUUAUGGACAGCAGCCAAAUUUCUGAUGAUGUUGCUGUUUGGCUGUUGUCUAUUGGUUGGCCUUGUCUUGGCAUACACUCACUUUUUUAAUCCGCUGUUCAUCUCUAACACUGUUUUGGUGCUCCUUAGUGACCAGAGCAUUGACAGACUUGUGCACCAUUUCUCUCCUUAUCUUGAGUGGAGAAAUGAUGGCCUUUUACCAUUUUGA